AUGUCGGACCCCCUUCCGCGUCCCGAGGAUGUCUACACGCAGGAGUUCGUUCUUUAUGCUCCCGAUGGGUCGCAGUUCACCACUUCCAUGGCUGAUAUCGACUGGCUAAGGCACUUCGGCGUCCGGGUAGGUAUCAAUUGGGCCACGCAAAUUGGCGCGUCUGUCAUCCUGCUGCUGGUGCUCCUCCUCCUUACUCGGCGCGAGAAGAGGAACUCCUCGAUCUUCAUCAUGAACGGUCUCUGCCUGGUUCUCAACACUAUCCGCUCGGUUCUCCAAUGUGUCUACCUCACGACUCCCUUCUUCCAUCCCUACGCCAUGGUCGCCCAAGACUUUACCCACGUUACUCCUGCUAACCGCGCUGUCACUGUUGCCUCCAACACGAUCACGCUCUUGCUCGUGGCAAGCAUCAUGGUUUCCUUGAGUCUUCAAGUCUGGGUCGUCUCCAUUACCGCGAAGUCGCUGCAGAAGUGGAUCAUCAUGGGCGUCACCUCCGUCACCGCAUUCGUCGCCAUUGGUUUCCGAUUUGCCGUCACCAUCAUCAGCAAUAAGCAGACAAUGAAAGAUCAGGGCAUGGAGCUCUACAAUGGACUGGUGAAUGACAUGUACAUCACAUUCGCUAUCGCUGUCUGGGCCUACUGCGCAGUCUUCACAUUCAAACUCGGUCACGCCUUGCUAGAGCGCAAGAGGCUUCGGAUGACACAAUUCGGUCCGAUGCAAGUCAUCUUCAUCAUGGGCUGCCAGACGAUGGUCAUUCCAGCAAUCUUCACCUGCCUCAACUUCUAUGACCAAGUUCCCGAGCUCGCGUCCCAGAGCAUCACCGUCAUCUGCAUCUUCUUGCCUCUCUCUGCCAUCUGGGCUGGUCUCGUGGCUAAUGAUUCGGGCGUCGGCGGUAGCGGCCCCGACUCGCACCAGCGCCUCUUCAAGAACGAGUUUUUCCGAUCUUCUUCCACAAGCACCAAGGGUUACGGCGAAAAGAGUCAUCUGACAGGCAACACCUUCGGUAGUGGCAAGGAGCCCGAGAGCCCUAGGGUCCACCAUUACCACCAGACCAAGGACUCCGUCGACAACGGCAUCUACAUGCAAAAGGAGUGGCACGUCGAAGCUGGCGAGCCUAGCGAGCUUGUUGUUCGUGAAGUCUAA